AUGUCGACAUCUGGGUUCAGUCUGUUCCUCGCUCUCCUACAACUCUCCGGUUUGUUAUUUCCGUUGAGAGUUUCUGCAAUUAGGAAGGAUAUUGGGUUCUUAGAAGAGCGUAGUUGCAGAACAACUGUCCAAGGAAGGUAUCUGAUCUCCGAUGAUGAAGGCAAUGUGUGUGAUUCUCUGUCAUUGGAUUCUCGAACCCGUUGUUGCCCAUGGAAAGGAGAAAGAUUCUCUUGUCAUGGAUGCAACCUCCUUUCACAAUGCUGCAGCUCUUAUGAGUUUUGCGUUUCUUGCUGCUUGAGUCCUACUCGGACGAUUCUUGAGAAGGUGGUUAAGGUAAAAGUUGCAAAGCCGGCUACAGCAGGAACUUACAAGACUGUUUUUGAUUUCUGUGCCGGGAGAUGCCGCCAUAAUUCUGAGAGUGUGGUUCAUGAAAAUGCAUACCACAGCAAGUUUCACCAUUGCUUUUCUCUGACAUCAAAUGCUUCAGGGGCUAAUCUUACACAAGUUGAAACAAGACUUCUUGGCAUUGAUGUGAUUGUCGGAAGGCAAGGAGAUUCAUGCGAUGCAGUAUGCAAGUCACGCGGAAAAUUGUGUGUGAUGAAUAAACUCUCUCUUCUAAACCAAUGUGACGUUAUGCAAAGAUACAUGAGCUGCAAUGGCUCCUGUUUAGCAAGUGCCGGGGCUGACCAACCUGCUGAAGUUGUCGAUGAUGCGCCCAGAGAUUUGUAUCCAGGCGCGUGCUUGUACACACGGACACAGUCAUUGCUUUCUUGUGACGGUUCACACCAAUACACCCGACGACUCUGCCCAUGUGCCUAG